AUGGCCAGCGCUGUUGCUCAAAAUGCCGGGCCUGCUCCCGUCCAACCCCCAGCGGUUGCUGAUCCUCGAGCUUCUGGGUCCGCAACCAAGGCCAGAUCACGCACUACUAUACCUACACAAUCUGGGAAAUGGAUCCUAGGCAAGACCAUUGGCGCUGGCAGCAUGGGCAAGGUUGCAUGCAAGAUCAUCCCGAGAAGCUCUGCCGACGAUGCCCACCACGGCCGUGCGGACAAGGAACGAAACGAUCAUUCCAAGGAGAUUAGGACCGCCAGGGAGGCUGCCAUCGUCACGCUGCUCAAUCACCCGUACAUAUGUGGGCUGCGCGACGUGGUGAGGACAAACUAUCAUUGGUACAUGCUGUUCGAAUACGUCAACGGCGGCCAGAUGCUCGACUACAUUAUCUCCCACGGAAAGCUCAAGGAGAAGCAGGCCAGGAAGUUCAGCCGUCAGAUUGCCAGUGCUCUCGAUUACUGCCACAGGAAUAGCAUCGUCCACCGUGAUCUCAAGAUCGAGAACAUUCUCAUCAGCAAGACCGGCGACAUCAAGAUUAUUGACUUUGGCCUGAGCAAUCUCUUUUCCCCGCGCAAUCACCUCAAGACCUUCUGCGGAAGCCUCUACUUUGCUGCUCCCGAGCUGCUCCAGGCCCGGGCAUAUACCGGCCCCGAGGUCGACGUGUGGAGCUUUGGCAUUGUCCUCUACGUCCUCGUCUGUGGAAAGGUGCCAUUUGAUGACCAGAGCAUGCCUGCGCUGCACGCAAAGAUCAAGAAGGGUUUGGUGGAUUAUCCAAACUGGCUGUCCAGCGAGUGUAAGAACCUCCUGUCCCGCAUGCUCGUCACCGACCCCAAGCAGCGCGCCACCAUGGCCGAGGUCAUGUCCCAUCCUUGGAUGAACAAAGGCUAUAACAGCCCUCCCGAUAACUACCUACCCCGUCGGGAACCCAUCACUCUCCCACUGGACCAGGAGGUGAUCAACGCCAUGACUGGCUUCAACUUUGGGUCACCAGAGGUCAUCAAGGCGCAGUUGACGCGGCUGAUCGAGACAGAAGAGUAUCAGCGUGGUGUCCGCGCUUAUUUGCUGGAGAAGGAUACGCCCCAGCCAGCGCGGGAUGCGGAUAAGAAGAGAGGGGUUUUUGAUUUCUACAAGAGGCGCAAUUCGAUUAGCAGCAGGGACACGCUGACUGCACCCAGCAGCGAAGCUCUGCAGGUGGGCAACGAUCCGCUGAACGCCUUCAGCCCGCUCCUGUCAAUCUACUACCUGGUCAGGGAGAAGCAGGACAGGGAGCGCGUGGAUAUCGUUCCCACCCUGUCUUCAACGACACAGCCGCCUGCCCAGAAGGAGAAAGACCCGCUCCCCGAGAUUGCCCCCCCUGCCGAAGCUCACACCAACUCUUCCGCGUACGAGAUGCCAGGUGAAAAGGCGACUGGCGGCAGGACGAGGCCAAGAGCGCGGACCCAUGGAGAGGAUGAUGUCCCUGACAAGACACUCUUGUCGCCCAAGGCCGCUAUGGCCCCCGAACCAUCCACAGAGAAGCCCGACAAGAAGGAGAGCGCCGCGGCAGGAAUCCUGCGUAGGUUCUCUACAAGACGCCGCAAGGAGCCGGAGCGCUUGGAGAAGGACCGAUCAUAUCCGCCUCAAGUCCAUGUCCACUCUCCAUCAGAACAGCCGCCUGUACCAGGCAUACCACCUCGGAAAUCUUUCAGCAUCAGGCGCUCGAGGCGCGACAGAGACGAUGGCUCCAACCCACGUCUCCGCUCAGGAAGUAGCCAGCCACACCACAGCGAACUGCUCAGCCCGCCCCUCUCGGCCGGCGGCAGCACACAAGGCCAGAAAAAAGGCCUUGGGCGAUCUACCAGUGUCAACUCGGCAGAGUUCCGCAGAAAGAGGACGAUGGGCUCAGGAACCGAGGUGAAGGAGCCGCCGCCGACGAGCGGGUCAGACCAGUCCACGGAGCGGCCUAGAGUGCAGGCUGAGAACAAGACGGCCUCGGCCUCGCGAUCCGUCUCCAUGCGGGCCAAGUCGCUGGGCCAUGCCAGGCGUGAGAGCAUCCAGGCGCGGCGUGCGAGGCGCGAGGAGCAGCGGGAGGCCAACGUUCCUGAAGAGACAGACCAAGAGGUGGCUGACCAGAGCGGCCUCUCCAACGAGAGGCUAGACGACCCGGACCUCGCAAAGCCCGUGUUUCUCAAGGGGCUCUUCAGCGUCAGCACGACAUCGACGAGGCCGGUGUCAGAGAUCAGGGCUGAGGUCAAGCGCGUGCUGAAGCAGCUUGGCGUGGACUACAGCGAGAUUCGGGGCGGUUUCCGCUGCGUCCACAGCCCGAGUAUCGACCUCAACAAGGUGACCGAUCCGCCCAACAGCCCUACGCUGCCUGGCCACAAGAGACGCUUCAGUUUUGGUCUCAGAGGCGAGCGAACAGAUGAGCUACGGGACCUGGACGCGCCGCCGCCUCAGCCUAGAACACCACGGACGCCGGGCCGAACCCGCGAAGACCGCAGCAACAGCAAUUCAGACCUGUCCGAGAUCGACAUGUCCCGAGAUCAUGGGCACUCCUCCCGGCGGCCUGUGGGCGACACGAGCACGCAGGUGCAGAGCGACCUUGGGGGCAACAUGGUGCUGGAGUUUGAAAUCUUUAUUGUCAAGGUGCCGGUCAUUAGCCUGCAUGGGAUCCAGUUCAAACGCAUGGCUGGGAACACGUGGCAGUUCAAGAACAUGGCGGACCAGAUCUUGAAGGAGUUACGGUUAUAGAUAGAUGGAGAAGCGCGCCGCAGCUCCCCAACCCCACCUUCCCCCCAAGCCUUCCAUGCUUCGGAGCUUUCACUUCGUGAGUCAGCAGAUAGAUUGGCUCUGAAGAAGGAAUGGCCUCUCACGCAUAAGCUCGAGUAUGUUCUACGUGAAGAUGGGGAAAUAUUGGGGGAGCGGGCACGUACGGUCUCAAGACGAGAUAGCCACCGUCACUUUUUGAUGGCUUGAUUAUUUUUUCCCCCCUUUCAUUUCUUUUCUUUCACUUCUGCCUAAGAGGCACAAGGGGUUCACCAAACCCUGACAUCUAAAGUUGAAUGAUAUGAAGAAGUUUUCCCCUUUGUUUGAGCAUGGAUGGGUUGAUGGGGCAGGAUAACAAGAAGAUGGCUCUUACGGGGAAUGAAGAAGAAGCUGGACGGGGCUGGCAAUGCUGCACAUGCCUAAGCAAAGGUUCUGCAUAUGAGCGUGUAGCGUAGCGUGUUCUUAAUUCUAAUAGCAUCUGUGGUGGUCAAGGGAAUACACACACAUUGAGUUG